CUCGCACUCUCAGCUAUAUAUAGAUAUGACGGAGCAAACAGGGUGUUGAAAGGAUGUGCAUUGUUCAUUCCCCGCAAUCUCCGCACAAAAAGAUUGCUCCAAAUUUUAUUGUUUCUUUACGCGUUUUCGGGAAAGUAAGAACAGAUAUUUUCAUUCAGACUUCAGAGUAACCUAUAUUUAUUUAUCAUAUAAAUAAAUAAAUAAAUAAAUGAGUGGAUGAAUGAGGAUAACCCCGCCAUCGCUACUAUCUCUCACCAUUGACUCAGCCCUUCACAACCUCUCCCACUUCUCCGAUCUCUCUCCUCUCCCUGAUCACAUCCUUUGCGAUCUCUUCAAGAGAACGUUGCAAGCUGGAAAACUGAAUGAAAAACUCUUGAAGCUUUUCUUGGCAACUGGCAAUGAUGAAGUCCUUUCAUUCAUUGAUGGUCUAAAAAUCCAACAUAUCCACGCCCCUGUACUUCCUACAAGAUGUUCUGAAAAAUUUUAAGUUAGUUUUUGAAUUGUGUGCACACACUUAAAAGUUUGUUAGCCUAAACAUCAGCUGCUCUGAGGACUGAGGAGGCCAAGAAGAUUAUAGUUUUGGAUUAUUGUUUGGUUAGAACCCUUGAAGGAUGUCUCAAGCAAAUAUCAUGGACAAUGAGGUUGACAUUGUGAUUGGAGCACUUCACUCUGACCUGACGACAUUCAUGAAUGAGUGGAGACCUGUUUUCUCCCGGUUCCACCUGAUAAUUGUCAAAGACCCUGAUCUCUCAGGAGAGAUCCAAAUACCAGAAGGCUUUAACGUUGAUGUAUACACUAGGUCUGACAUAGAUCGAGUUGUGGGUUCAUCUACUUCCGUUCUCUUUUCGGGUUACUCAUGCAGGUAUUUUGGUUAUCUUAUGUCCCGGAAGAAAUACGUCAUUUCAAUUGAUGAUGAUUGCAUUCCAGCUAAGGACAAUGAAGGCUCUUUAGUAGAUAUUGUGGCCCAGCAUAUUACCAACCUCACAACUCCAGCCACCCCCUUCUUUUUCAAUACACUCUAUGAUCCUUACCGGAAAGGAGCAGAUUUCGUUCGUGGUUAUCCAUUUAGCCUGAGGGAAGGAGUGACAUGUGCAUUGUCAUGUGGGCUGUGGCUCAAUCUAGCAGACUAUGAUGCACCAACACAAGCCCUCAAGCCAGAACUGAGGAAUUCUCGAUAUGUGGAUGCUGUUCUGACUGUGCCUGUAAGGGCUAUGCUGCCUUUAAGUGGGAUCAACAUUGCAUUUGAUCGUGAGCUGGUGGGGCCUGCUUUGAUUCCUGCUUUGAAGUUGGCCGGGGAAGGAAAGUUUAGGUGGGAAACAAUGGAAGAUAUAUGGUCUGGAAUGUGUGUUAAGGUUAUAUCUGAUCACAUGGGGCUUGGUGUGAAGAGUGGACUGCCUUAUGUCUGGAGGAAUGAAAGAGGUAAUGCCAUAGAAAGUUUGAAAAAGGAAUGGGAAGGAGUAAAGCUGAUGGAGGAAGUGGUGCCUUUCUUUCAGGCAGUCAGGUUGCCGCAAUCUGCAGUUACAGCUGAGGAUUGUGUGGUUGAAUUGGCAAAAACUGUGAAGGAGCAGCUGGGACAGUCGUAUCCAAUGUUUGUUCGUGCUGCUGAAGCUAUGGUAGAGUGGAUCAAGGUUUGGAAAGCAGUUCGAUCCGGCUGACUGUCCCCUGCAAUUUAGGAACUAGUAAUAAUUAAUUGAUGAUUAUCGCACAAAUUUGUUUCUCAUUGAUUUGUAGUUUACAUUGUCAUGUCUCCCUUUUUACUUAAUCACAGCUGAUAGAAUGUCUUAUAAUAUGUGGGGGGAGGAGUUGAUGCUAUUUGACUGUUAAACAUUUGAUCUUUUGUUUGUUUUGCGUUAUUAAACAGUAUAUUUAUUUUAGUUCUUUGUCAUGCACUUUUUUA